CCUGCACAGAAUGGAGACCCAAGAGGCCCAAGAAAUGUGUCAAAUAACAGGGAGGGAAAGUCCUGUUACUAAUGAUGGUGGAGAUGAACAAGAAGAGGCCAUGCCUAUUCCAGAGGACCUGUCCACCAGCACUGGGCUCCAGAACAACCGCACUGACAAACUGUCAGUGACAUAUGGAGAGGAUGAAAAGAGAUGUUUUCAUCAAGUGGUUUGCAAAAGAUUCAGUCCCUGCAAUAUAAAAGUUGAGGCUCGGAGUGAUGAGGAGAAUGGGCUGGUCGCUGAGAUGAAUGGAGAGGAAGAGGAGUGUGUGGCUGAGGACUUGCGCAUACUUGAUGGCUCAGGGGCCAAAGUGAAUGGCUCCCACGCCGACCCUGACAGCAAGCCGGCGGUCGCCUACCCUACGGCCGGGGGCAUCCGCCUCCCCAAUGGGAAGCUCAAGUGUGAUAUCUGUGGAAUAGUUUGCAUUGGGCCCAAUGUGCUGAUGGUGCAUAAGCGAAGCCACACUGGUGAAAGGCCAUUUCAGUGCAGUCAGUGUGGUGCUUCAUUCACUCAGAAGGGCAACCUACUACGGCACAUCAAACUACACUCUGGAGAAAAACCCUUCAAGUGUCACCUGUGUAACUACGCUUGCCGACGUAGAGAUGCUCUUACCGGGCACCUUCGCACACAUUCAGUUGGGAAGCCGCAUAAGUGUGCUUACUGUGGACGCAGCUACAAGCAGAGAAGCUCAUUGGAAGAACACAAAGAGCGCUGCCACAACUACCUUCAGUGCAUGGGCCUUCAGGACAGCAUCUAUACAGUGAAGGAAGAAAACAGCCAGAGUGAUCAGAGGGAAGACUCAAACCUGGCUGCAUCUGAGAGAGCCUUGGUGCUAGACAGAAUAGCGAACAAUGUAGCCAAGCGUAAGAGCUCUAUGCCACAGAAGUUUGUGGGUGAGAAGCGCUUCAGUGACCUCUCGUUUGAGUCCAGCACUGGUGAGAUGAUGCAGCCCCAUGUGAUCGACCAGGCCAUCAACAGUGCUAUAAGCUACCUAGGAGCCGAGUCUUUGCGGCCGCUGGUUCAGACCCCACCUGGCUCCACCAGCGAUAUGGUAGUCAGCCCCAUCUACAACCUGCACAAGUCCCAAACAGCUGAGGGCAACGGCUUGUCAGCUAAAGACAGUGCAGCCGAAAACCUGCUCCUGCUCUCUAAGUCCAAAUCAGCUCUGAAUGAAAAAGAUGGCUCACCCAGUCCGAGUGGCCAAGACUCCACCGAUACAGAGAGCAACAAUGAGGAGCGGGCAGCUGGGGGAACAGGGCCAACAGCCAGUGGCCUUAUAUACCUUACCAAUCACAUGGCCCCUGUAGUACGGAACGGAGCCCUACCUCUGGUUAAGGAGGAACAUCAGAGGCACUUCGAUGCUCUGCGGGCAGUGGGUAUGGAGCUGGGCAUGGCAGUUGCCACAGAGGGCUUUAAGGUGUUAAGCCCUGAGGGUGAGGAGGUAAGGGCAUAUCGAUGCAUCCACUGCAGGGUGCUCUUUCUGGACCAUGUCAUGUAUACUAUUCACAUGGGAUGCCACGGCUUUCGAGACCCCUUUGAGUGCAACCUGUGUGGAUACCGCAGUCAAGACCGCUAUGAAUUCUCAUCGCACAUCACCCGUGGAGAACACCGCUACUGAGUGCCACACUUAAUUAUUAUACAAACAU